AUGAUUAAACAACAGCAACUUAAGGCGCAAAGCGCCCAGGUCCUUCAGACCAUUACAUACGCCAUAUAUGCAUAUAAUUCAAAGACGGCAGAACAAACGCAAAGGUUGAAAUAUGGAGAUUUGGAGAUAGUAUUGAAAAAUGACCAUUUCGAAUUCGUUUGCAAAGGUGGUGCAGUGAUAUCAAAUAUAAAAGAAAUUUUAUUUAUGAAUUCAAAAAUUAAAGGAAUAACGGAUGAUAUAACAUCAAUUCCACCAGAAGAACAGAGAUAUUACGCAUUAAAUGCAUUUCCUAAAGUUUUGAAGAUUGGAAGAUUUAAUUUAAAUGAGGAAUUCAUAGAAGGUUUCCUAAACGACAUAAUGAAGAAGGUGGAUAAGGAAUAUGUGGAUAGUGAAUUAAAUAAGAAGGCAAAUUUGGUUUAUGUUGAUGAAAAAGAUAAUGAAAUUAAAGAAAAGGUUGAAUGGUAUCAUGAAUGGACAUCGGAGACUUUUAAAGUUAAAGCUGAUACAGGAUGGGUUUCAGGAUGUUUAGACCUUAAAGCAGAUAAAACUUAUGUUGAUGAAAAAGAUAAUGAAAUUAAAGAAAAGGUUGAAUGGUAUCAUGAAUGGACAUCGGAGACUUUUAAAGUUAAAGCUGAUACAGGAUGGGUUUCA